AUGGUAAAUGGCCAGAAUAUACAGUACAAUAGUGCUGGGAACAAUGUUUUCAAUAAUAUUCAGAUUCCGAUUCAGAAGAGAAAUAGACUUGGGUGGGCCAGUGAUUUGAAAGGUCUUGUCAUGAGAAAUGUAUCUGUUGCUGAUGAAGGACGAUAUGUAUGUAAUGGUAGUGAGACAUCUCUGACUGUGAGAGUUAGACCUAGUCGGCUAACAAUUGAGCAAAUAUCUGUUGCAUCAGCUGGAAAUAGAGUGGAGGUUAAUUGCACCUCUACAGUCAGUAAACCUGCGGCAAAUUUAAGAUGGGUGUACAAAAACGAAAGCUUGCUUGGACGACAGGUUUCAGUUCUUGAUAAUAUAACAAAGACGUAUACCGUAACAUCUAUUUUGGAAAUGCAAGCAGUAGCCGAUGAUAACGGACGAAGUGUUCUAUGCAUUGUAUCGCAUCCAUUACUGGUAAACCAGAUGCAGUCCAAUGCAUCUGUCGAUCUUAAAAUUUUGUUUCCUGUAAAGCCCGCUUCCACUAAGAUAACUGGCAAUGAAGUUGCAAAUGAACCAGGACAAUCGUCACUGACAUUGAACUGUACAACUGGAUCAUCAAAUCCUGCAUCCGAUAUAAAAUGGUUCAAUGGCUCAUUGAACUAG